AAACGUUACAGAUUUAAGACUUUCUAAUGUGUUGUUAUAGAUUAUCUGUUAUCAGUUUAUUCAUGAUGGUAUAUUCAUAAUUUUAAUAUGACAUUUAAAUUUUAUCGAUGAGAAGUAGGAAACUAACGUGGUAAAUAUUACGAUUGCGAAUCGAUAAUCAAAUGUUCAUCUGUGUGUUAGCUAGCCUCAUUGUUUUGACAUAUAAUCGUCCUUAUAGUGUUGGCACUAACUGGUUUAUCAACUCUAAAUUGUCGAUGGAAGUUGCCCAACGUUUUAAAUACUGUCGGACAUUUUGAGUCUGAUGAUUGGUGUAAAUAUUAGCUACGAAAACUAGAGCACGUAGAUCUGAAUCUGAACCCUGAUAAUAAGAUCCGAACACAUAAGAUACGAAAACUAGGUGCUGAAGCAUUAAAUACGAUAGUUGGUAUGAUUGCAGUAGGCAAAAUAACGGAAAUUCACGAAUAUUUAAGUAAAUACGAGCGACAAUAAUGUUCUUCGAGAUUCCUAUUUGUACCACUCUAACAGGACAACAACUCGGAAAAAGGCAGUUGUUCAGUUGUGUCGUUCUCAUGAUCAUAGGCAUUGAUACGCUGUCUUCCACUGUGUAUAACAAAGAAUGAUCGAAAAGUCUUGCGACUAGAACUACUGAAAAAAGCCGAUUAUUCGCAAAAAUCAGUACGCAUAUUUCCAGAAACAACAUAAUUAAAGGAGACGCUUAUGGAACUGUCGAUGUUUAAGUGGAUUUAGAUCAAUCAAUUAACAUCACAUCUGCGAUCCGACGAUUGGCAUUUUACUCAUUUCUAAUGGGAGUUCCUGGCUUAUGGCGUUUGUUAGAGCCGGCAAGAGAGCCCAUAGAAUUACAACAGCUAUCUGGGAAAAUUAUAGCAAUAGAUAUGAACAUCUGGUUGCAUCAAGCUGUGAAAUCUCGAGGCGCAGCAGGUGGUCCUCGUAACUAUUUGGCUAUAUUUUUUCGUCGUUUAUGCAAAUUACUUUUCUUUGGAAUCAAACCAGUAUUUGUAUUUGAUGGUGAAACUCCAGCACUGAAACGAUCAACUAUGAAUUCAAGACGUCAGUUGCGUAGCCUAACCGAAGCAAAAGCAGAAAAAGCCCAAAAACAUCUUCUUCGUCGACUUUUACGUCGUGUUGCAGAAUCCUCUGUAAAAUCACUGUCAACGUCACCGGAUAAAGUAGAAUAUUUUGAGGAUACUGCGAAAAAUGAACUGUUAAGACGAUUGAGACAACAGUCAGACUCUCAUCAAGCUAAAGAAGAUGCUAAGAUGUUCUCAGCUCCAAAUCAUGACUCAACUUCUACAGCAUGUAGCAAUGAUAAUAAUCGUAUGCUGAGUGAAAACGCCGGUCUAGAAUACGAUGAGCUGGCGCAUGAUUAUCUGGAUGCUUUCUAUUCAUCGGAUAAGAAGUUUUCUGGGGUUGAUCUCGACUCAGAUGCAUUCCGUGCACUUCCUUUACCAGCUCAAUUACGUGUUGUUCAGCUGUUGAGAGAAGUAUUAGACUCUAGUUCAUGCCGUAACAAUUUAGUGCAAUUUGAUGAUGAAGCACAAUUUAACCCAGAACAGUUCUCAGAUGUUCAAAUGAAACGUUUGCUUUUACGUCGUCGUUUAGCAGAACGUCAACAAGAGUUAUCUGAUAAUCUAACUAAACAAGAAGCUGUUCAACAAAUUCUUCAGUUAAACAAUUCUAUGAUAAAAAAUAUUCUAACGAAUCAAUCGUUAUUUUCAACUUUACCGUUUUCCAAUACGACACAGCCGACUACUGCUUCAGAGACUACUGAGACCAUAGCUACAGCUAUGCGUAUUCAGUCACAAGAUGUAGGACAUGCUAUACUCAUUAAAAAAUCUCCAGUGAAUCAAUUGGACGAACGAACUAAAUUGCCUUCAUCUACACUAUUGAAUCUUGAAAAAUUAAUUACAUAUAAUACUGAGAACUUAAAUGUGUCUGAUGAAUGCAAAAAAGUGGAAAUUUCAAAAGAGGACCAGAACAAAGAAAUACCUAAUGACGGUUAUAUGAGUGAAAACCUAUGUUCAACACAAGAGACAAAUAUUUCUACAAAUGAAAAUAUUGUAUAUAACUCUGAAUGUACACCAAUAAAACUAGUUAAUAUCGAGGAAUAUUCAGAUGAACAUCAAGUGUCUAUCCUAUCACAUGUGACUGACAAUAAAAGCCAACUUAAUAAUAAUUGCGAAAAUUAUAAUCAACCACUUACGAAAAAUUCUUUAAAUGAUAAUAUGUCCAAUGACUUUCUUCCAGAAAGUUCAUCUACUAUUCCUAAGUUUGAUAAGUCAUCGGAGUUUAUCGAAUUACCUAUUUCAGAACAUUCAUGUGACCUUAUGGGAGUCAAAAAUGAUGAAAUUACUGCUGAAAUUAAUGUAUUGUCUUCUGAUAUAAAUGAAUCAAAAUCUUUACAAGUACCUCAUCAGGACAAAGAUGAUGAGAUCAAAAGUAGCAGUGAUGAUAACGAUGAUGAUGAUGAUGAUGAUGACUUUAUCGAAGUUGAAACUCACGAACAAGUUGAAAUUUCGAAUACAUCUACUGACUCUAAUUCAUCACAAGAAUAUUCUGUCGAUGAAAACAAUGUUCAAAAUGAGGAUAAAUUAAAUUCUGUCUUCACUGAAGAAGAAUUAACCAGUAAAGAAGUUUCCUAUGAAACUAAUCAACAGAAAGCUGUAUUAUCAUCUGAAUUAGUCGUGGAUGACUAUACCAUUGAUGAUGAUAGUGAUGAUGUAUUGAGAGAAAAAGCUGAUCGUUUGAUGCGUCAAGCUCAGUCGACAACUACGCGUUGUAUUUCAGAAGCCCAGGAUCUACUUCAUUUGUUCGGAUUUCCAUUCGUAGUUAGUCCAGAAGAAGCAGAAGCUCAAUGUGUAGCUUUACAACGUCAUGGUCUAGUUGAUUUAGUUGCAAGUGACGAUUCAGAUGUAUGGCCAUUCGGUGUUAAACUUGUCUGUCGUCAUUUGUUUGGUACUGGUGGUGGUGAUAAUCUAAAAAGAAUAACAAAUCCUUCCAUUUACAAACUGGAUGAAGUAAAACGUAAAUUAGGCCUUACUAUAGAAAAUAUUCUCCGUUUGACGCUUCUCUGUGGUAGCGAUUAUACACAUGGAAUUGAUCAGGUUGGUCCAGUUACAGCUAUUGAAAUAUUGAGUGAAUUUGAUGACGGUGAUGAUUAUUCAUUAAAUUGUGAAAUUAAUAACUGGCUUCAUGGUGUUGUUAAUGAACCUUCCGAAAAAUUACUUCAUGAUAUCUUACAACCACUAGAACAAUUCACACAUUGGUGGCAAACUACUCGUUCGCAAAAUUCUUCACAAUCAAUGAAAAUACUUCGAAUAGCUGAAUCGAAUCCAAUUAGACGUCGUUGGAUAAAUUUGAAACCAUAUCCAGGGUUUCCAGAUAGCCGUAUUGCACGUGCUUACCUCUACCCAAAUGUCAAAACCGAUUUGCCGCCGUUUAAAUGGGAACCACCGAAUGUACCGCUUCUUGUCAAACACGUGAAUACCUUAUUGGGAUGGAAUACUGAAAAAACAGAAGCUAUGUUGGCUUCUGUACUCAAACAUAGACAAAAUAUGGAGCUUGGGGAUCCUAGAGAAAUUCUUUCGUCCAAAUCACUUAUAACAAAUUUUUUUCAGAUUGAGAAUCAAAAGAUUUUCCAAAAAUCAGAAAUUGCUAGUCAUCCCGUUGAUUCAUCAGAGUUGGAUGAAGUAAGUUGUAUUUUAUGCUGGAGAACUAUAAUUAAUUAUUAGAGAGUCUGGUAAGAAAUAUCAGACAAUCUUUAACAUUUCCAGUAUUUUUUUAGUCUCAUAUAUAUAUAUAUAUAGAGAGAGAGAGAGAGAGAGUUAUGGUUAAUCGAGAUACCCAUCUCUUUUUUAAACAUCACUGGGUGUUUACUCGUUUAUCAGUAACUAUCACCAGUAAGUCCUAACGCUGCAUAACUUGGCGCACAUUAUCAGAUUUUUAACUAACGUCAGUGUUUGAUUAAUUUAGAAUCGGUGAGAACAUAGCUUUGAAACUUUAACUUGAUGUUGAAUGCUUACAGACUAGCUUUAUUCAGUUCGUUAUCCUGAACUUAUGUACGGUUUUAACAACAGUCAAGUUUGUGUAUCAAAUGAGCGAAAUUAACUGAAUAAGUGACAGUCUAUUUUGGGAUAGUACAGUUUUCAACAAGCAGUGUUCCAGUAAAUCUUGUAGAACUUUUGUUCUGAAAUUCAGCAAAGCGUUUAUAUCUGACACCCGAAAAUCUUCGUGUAGGAUCAUUAACAUCUUUUUAAAAAAUUAUUUCGGACUUUUCAUAUUUUAGGUAACGGUACCGAGUAAGCGCGUUCGUCAAGCAGCCAGUCGCUUACGAAAUCAAAGAACAACAGAUCGAUUUUUUAAAGCUCCCAGCACUUCACAGCAUACAGCACUAGUGAAAGAUGUAAAUAACCUGCUUUCUGAAUUACCUAAACUACGUCAGACUCGACGGAGGCAAUCUGUGGAAAAACCUCCAGAGCAAACGAAGACUUUACCCGAGAAAAAACGCAAAGAGAAAGCUCAGAUUAAACCCCAACGUCGUGUAGUAGAACGUGUAUGUUUAUCCGAAGAAGAUGAAGAUUAAAGCAUUGUGAAUGCUCCUCAACGUUGUACAGACUGAACUUUCUUAAUUAAAAUUCUUUUGAAUCUCUUUUGUUUAUAUUUCAACUCGUUUUUUUUUAAUUAUUCACUUAUUUCAAAGACAUGAGUACCUUAUUUUACAGAGAAAUGGAAAAUACACAACAUUUUUUU